UCUAGCUAUUUACGUCUGUCAGUGAUCAUUUGUAUGCCAUGAGAUCAAAUUACAACCGACUCCCCGAAAAUGAAGGGGCCCCGAAAAGACCAUGCAGUUCAGAUGAAUCGUUUGAGAGAAUCGACAUCGUCCCUUCACAGCCCCCUCCCCCUCAGAUUGACGGUCAGAUCUUGGAGGAUGUCCCUGUGAGCAAGCGGACAGCCCCCCUCUCUGAGGAGAAGUUCCUGCAAUUCCUGGAUGCUGACGGGAGACUGGUUGAUGAACAUGGCCUGCGGCGGACUGUGUUCUUAGGCGGCGUGGAGCCCAGCAUCAGGAAGCAGGUGUGGCAGUUUGUGUUUGGCCUGUACCCCUGCACCUCCACCAGCAGGGAAAGGGAGACAAUCCUGCUGGACUACAUCGUGAAAUAUCAUGAGUUGCGACAGAGAUGGAAGACAAUGCUUGUUCUCAGCUCGCGGCCUGGAUCAACCCCCCUGGAACAAGGCCUGAUCGCCAAGUACCAGACUCAGGAGGGUAGCACCCCCCCAUGCAGCCCCGAGAUCAGCUCCGCCCAGCCCUCAUUCGACACCUCCCCCGAGGGGAUGCACCGGGCGGCGGCGGGGGUGGUGUCCGGCCCCGUGGAUGCGGCCCUGCUGUCUGAGACACACCUCACGGACACGUACACCAUGGAGGAGAUUCAGCAGAAACUCGAGUUCAUGAAGCUGCAGGCUCAGGUGUUUGUAAACCGCCACAAGAUUGACGUGAACGACAUGAGGACCAACAUUCGGGUGAUAGACAAGGACGUGCCGAGGACGGACCGGGACGUGGAGUACUUCGAGGGCAGAAGCAACCCUCACCUCACCCAGCUGAGAGAUAUUCUAGUAACAUGUGCAGUCUACAAUCCUAAACUCGGCUACGCCCAGGGAAUGAACGACAUCCUGUCCCGGUUCCUGUUCGUCAUGGAGUCGGAGGUGGAGACGUUUUGGUGCUUUAAGAACUACAUGGAGAAGAUUGAGUAUGACUUCUCAGAGGAGGGGAUGGUGAAGAAAAUAGAUCUAGUCAGGAUGCUACUCAGUGAGGUGGACCCAGUCUUGCUACGACAUUUUGAAGUUCACGAACUUGGCAACCUCUUCUUUUGUCACAGGUGGUUGUUGCUGGGCUUCAAACGAGAGUUCAGUUUCAUGGACUCCUUGCGAUGUUUUGAGAUUCUGUCGAGUCAUCAUUUAGAGUUAUCUUCCCUUGAGGCAGAGAAGGCCCUCAGGAAAGAAGAAAUGUUGGAAUUUGCCAAUACAGGUGGAGACACGCGAACAACCCAGAUGCCCCAGAAGGAAUACACGUUCGAGGUGUUCAUGUGUGCAGCGCUGCUGAUGGAGUUCCGCGAUGCUCUGUUCGACUGUAAGGACACUGGGAUGGUGUUCACUUGUGUCAAUGGGUUGAAGUUUGAGCUGGACGACAUCCUGACCAAGUCGGAGCGGCUGUUUUUCAUGUACUGCCGUAAGACGGUGGAGGACAGCUUCCACCUGGUGGAGGACACGCCCAAGGAGGAGAUGUCUCUCCAGCAGAAGCUACUUAACAAGCUGAAAGGAAAUACUCAAUGAAGCCACGUCGUGAUUGUCAUGUUUGUCAUGGUUCAUGUCAUUUUUAUUAUCAGGGAUUUAUCUAGACCAAACCAGAGGCCAGUAUCAGACCCCAACUCUGCAGCAAAUGUCAUUAAGAAUACUCAAAUUGGAAUAACAAAAUUCCCAAUUUAUUUUAAUCUAUAUAACUAAUAACUAGUGUUUGUUUAAUCUAUAUUACUAAUAUUUAUAGAUGUAACCUACAUUUCAACAAGACCCUUAGAGAGGAAAAGGUUUUAAUGCUUAAUUUUGUAUAAUUGCUAUCUCAAAAUAUAAUGACUACAUACCUCUCAAUUUGAAAAAUAAGAAUUUAGAUAAAAUCCCAACAGAACACAAUUGUUCCAGAGACGCUAAGUUUAGAAUCCUUGAUAACUCCCUGUUGUUUGUAUCGUGUGUAUCACUUGCAAAAAAGAAAACACAUGUUUGUUGACAUUGUAAAUACAAACAUCGUUCAGACUUUUCACGGAUAUCAUUGAAUAUCCAUGCUAUGUAUUAUGUGUAUUUGUUUGAAAGAGGUUUUAGUAUCAUGUGCGUAUUUCUUUGAAAACGGUUUUCUCACUGAUUUCAGUGAAUAUUCACAAUAUGUAUCAUAUGUGUAUUUGUUUGAAAGAGGUUUUAUCACUGAUUCCAAAGAAUAUUCACAAUAUGUAUCAUAUGUGUACUUGUUUGAAAGAGGUUUUAUCACUGAUUCCAAAGAAUAUUCACAAUAUGUAUCAUAUGUGUACUUGUUUGAAAGAGGUUUUAUCACUGAUUCCAAAGAAUAUUCACAAUAUGUAUCAUAUGUGUAUUUGUUUGAAAGAGGUUUUAUCACUGAUUCCAAAGAAUAUUCACAAUAUGUAUCGGGGGAUAUGUAUAUGUAUACAUAUAUGUAUAUGGUCGUGGGUUUGAAUCCCAGUUUUUCAGCACCAUACCCGUGCUCAUCGUUUUCACCAAAGUGGAAAAUGUCUGAGACCUGCGUCACUUGGGGCUUUUCUCCCACAUUAAGCUGACCCGACGUGAUAUAGCUGUUAAACUGUUGAAGCAGUGUUAAACUCACUCCCUCACCAUGUAAUUUUGUUUGUAUUUGUUUGAAGGAGGUUUCAGUACUGAUUCCAGUGAAUAUUCACCAUAGGUAUUGUGUGUGUAUUUGUUUCAAAUAGGUCUCUUCACAAAUUCCAGUGAAUAUUCACAAUAUCUAUCAUGUGUGUAUUCGUUUCAAAGAGGUCUUUCCACAGAUUCGAAUGAAUAUUCACACAAUAAACUUUGUAGGUGACAGCCAGUUCCACAUACAAAAACAUUGUUUAAUUAAUUUUUUUCUGUCCCAAAAAUUCCACCAAUUUAUGCCCUUUAUCCUGGAAACAAAUAUGUUUUAGAAUGCUGGUUCUGGUUAAUUUCAUUUUCAGUGUUUGUCAGUGAUAAAAAUGUAAUUUUCUUUCAAGCGACGACACUGCAGGUGUAUUGGAUGACACACCUUGAAAAUAUCGGGGCUAGUAUUAAACACAUUGUGUAAUUAUAGAUGACGCCCCAUCAUUUAUACUCUUGUAAAUAUUGUCGGGCAAUGGCAAUUUGUCUGAAUGUACUUCUGUCAUCAUUGGGGGCAAGGGUGGCCCAGUCGUCUAAGGCGCCGCGAUUUGCUGUGCAGAGUUGCGUCCCUUGGGCACGCCAGAAACCUAUGAUUGUGGGUUUGAAUCCCGGUUCGCCCUGAUUAUGUUU